AUGUCCAGACUCAAAUGGAUUCUCGACAAAGUGGCCGUCCCUCACGAGCCCGGCCUCUCCAACGCCCAGUUAAUGUUGACGAACGACGAUUUGCGGCCAGUCGAACCGGAGCGUCGCCAAUGGAAAUGGUGGAACUACGUCACGUUCUGGAUUGCCGACUCCCUUAAUAUUAACACCUGGAUGAUCUCGUCGUCGAUGAUUGUCGACGGUCUCUCGUGGUGGCAGUCAUGGAUCUGUGUCUGGAUCGGAUACUUCAUCGCCGCCAGUUUCAUAUGUCUGACAGGUCGCAUCGGCGCCGUCUAUCAUAUUUCUUUCCCCGUCACGGCUCGAGCUUCGUUUGGAAUUUGGGGAUCUUUCUGGCCGGUGAUCAACCGAGUGGUUAUGGCUAUUAUCUGGUACGGAGUGCAGGCGUAUAUAGGAGGCGAGUGCGUGACUUUGAUGCUCGAAGCAAUCUGGCCCAGCUACAGGAAUAUACAUAAUGGCCUCUCUGCCAGCGCCGGCGUCCAGACGCAGGGCUUCCUCAGCUUCUUCCUCUUCUGGCUCUUUUCUCUUCCCGCUCUCUGGUUCCCCGUUCACAAAGUGCGCCAUCUGUUCACCGUCAAGGCUAUCUAUUCGCCUAUCGCCGCCAUCGCCUUCUUUGCCUGGGCCAUCUCGCGAGCCCAUGGUAUCGGCCCGAUCGUCCACCAGCCCAAUACCGUUCACGGAAGCACCCUGGCAUGGGUGUUCAUCAAGGCAAUUAUGACCUGCAUUGGUAACUUCGCCGCCUUGAUCAUGAAUGACCCCGAUUUCACGCGAUUUUCCCGCUCGCCAAAGGAUGCGCUGUGGUCUCAACUGUUGACCAUUCCCAUUGGUUUUGGAAUCACGUCCUUCAUCGGUAUCAUCGUGUCUUCAUCCUCGUCUGUCAUCUACGGCGAUGCGAUCUGGAACCCGCUGGACUUGCUGAAGAAGUUCCUGAUCGGAGCUAGCUCUGGACAGCGCUUCGGAAUCUUCAUCAUUUCUCUUGGUUUCGCGCUAGCCCAGCUGGGAACCAACAUCUCUGCCAAUUCGGUCUCCGCUGGUACGGACUUGACCGCGUUGCUUCCUCGAUACCUGAACAUUCGCCGUGGCAGUUACAUUUGCGCUGCCAUCGGCCUGGCCAUGUGUCCGUGGAACCUCGUGGUCUCCUCGAAUCAGUUCACAACCUACCUAUCAGCCUACUCUCUCUUCCUAUCCGCCAUCGCCGGUGUAAUGAUCUGCGACUACUAUAUCGUCCGCCGCGGGUACCUCGACAUCAAAGCACUAUAUAGCGCCCGCAAGACAGACCCAUACUUCUACAGCAGGGGAUUUUCUUGGCGUGCGUACGCAGCUUACUUGGCCGGAAUCCUGAUCAACAUCGUCGGAUUUGCCGGCGCCGUCGGCCGCGAAGUUCCCGUCGGAGCACGGUACAUCUACAACGUGAACUACUUCUCCGGCUUCAUUGUCUCCGGCGGCAUGUACUGGAUUCUGACUACACUUUUCCCCGUCCCGGCGACGAGUGAUCGCUGGAACGAGGUUGAUGUUGAUACCGAAGUCCUCGCGUACGGGCUGGAGGUUAGCGAUGAAGAGCAUGGCGUGGAUGUGGACCGUCGCUGUGCUACGGAUUCGCUGCCGCCGGAUGAUCAGAAGGGGCUGAGUUCUGCCUCUAAGAAGAUUUGA